AGCCUCACCUGCGCAGGCAGCGUUUAGUCAUCGACCAAGGGCUGACAUGUACUGAAGCUGCCUGGAUGGGAGAUGUGGGUUAGUAGUGCCUAGUCAACGAUCGGAGACGGUACCUGAACUUCACAGUCCUCAGUCAUAAGAGCAUGAGUAAACACAUGGGAGAGGCCACGUCUGGGUCCUCGCUCUCGGACCUGAGACUGGUUCUCUUGGGGAACAUCGGAUGCGGGAAGACGUCCACGGCAGACACCGUCCUGGGCCAGCUGUCCCCCGUCUCCCCCAGCGCCUCCAGGAGCUGCCGGCUGCGGCGGGGCUCCAGCGAGGGCAGGAACGUGACCCUGGUGGAGGCGCCGCGAUGGUACUGGAACGGGGACAGGAUGGCAGAUGGCGUCAGAAACGAGACGGAGAAGGCCGUCACCAUGGUGGCACCCGGUCCACAUGCAGUUCUGCUGCUGGUACCGAUCAGGCAGUUCACAGAGGUGGAAGCCCGGGUGCCUGCGGAGCUGGAGGAGUUGUUUGGGAGGGAAGUACUGGAUCACACUCUGGUGCUGCUGACCUGUGGAGACUAUCUGAUGGGGAGUACGGCGGAGGAAUACCUUCAGAAGGAGCACGCAGGGCUCAGGCAGAUGAUAGAGCGUUGUGGAAGGAGGUACCACGUCAUAAAUAACCGCCAGCCGCAGGACAGAGAGCAGGUCCAGGCGCUGCUGGAGAAGGUGGAGAGAAUGGCACAGAAAAAUGGGAUAUUCUCCUUAGAAACAGCUGAGGAGAGAGAGGUGGAGAGAGAGGUGGAGAAAGAGGUGGAGAGAGAGGUGGAGAGAGACCUGGAGAGACAGAUGAGACAACGAAAGGAAGAACUCAUGGAAAAUUACAGUCCUCAAAAGAAGAAGGAAAGAGAGAGCGUUGCAUCAAAGAUCAUCUCAAACAUUGAAACAUUCGAUAGAAGGGAGUCCAUGAACACCUUGGACGGAAAGAGAGGAAGAGGAAGAGAAGAAAGAGAUGGAACAGAGGGAAGAGUCAGUGAGGUUCAAGUAUCUGAUGGGCUUCAUUCAUCUCCAGUGCUGCAGCACGUGCGUUCAGAGCUGCAAACCGACGUGCAGCUGAGAAGGACGCCCAAUUUCAGUCUGAAUGCAGUAGGUGGAGACAUACUCCCACAGGUUCCUGAAGCUACACCAACACCAGAAGGGCUCUCUAAUUUGCACCACCGAAUCCCCAGCAUUGAGGAGACAACACCUGAGGCAUCUCCGACCGGUUCCCCUGACUCACCUGUCUUCACCCCCCCAUCCUCACCAACCUCCACCACCGCCUCUUCCUUCUUCUCCCCGUCCUCCCCUCUCCCUUCAUCGCCGGCUCUGCCCUCAUCUUCUCCAGAGCUCCGUCUGGUGAUGCUGGGGCGAUGCGGAGCUGGGAAGAGUUUGGCCGGUAACAUCAUACUGGGGCAGGAUGCUUUCGAGUCCCACUCAGACAGCUUCGCUGCAAUCACUCAGACCUGCGAGAAAAAGAAGGCACUGGUUAAAGGAAGAAGUGUGGCAGUAGUGGACACUCCCGACUGGUUUAAUUCAGAGCGGACUCCAGAUGAAGUUCAGGCCCAGAUCUCCUCCUGCAUUGCUCUGUCCAGUCCCGGCCCUCAUGCCUUCCUCCUCUGUGUCCCCUUGGACCAGCCCGCCAAGACAGAGCUGCAGGCUCUCAGCGCUCUGGAGACGGUCUUCGGCCCGGACGCCGUCGCCAGACACACCCUGGUCCUCUUCACUCAUGCGGAUCGACUGAGGGAGAGCGGGAAGGCGGGAAAGGACAACGUGGAGGCAUACAUCGCGGAGCAAAGGCGGGAUUUGUUGAAGCUCGUGGAGAAAUGUAGGGACAGGUUUCACGUGAUGGAGACGGGAGGCGGUCGGAAUGAAAAGGAAAACGUGGCCGAGCUCCUGGAGAAGGUACAGCAAACGGUGGAGGAGGCUGGAGGACAGUAUUACUCGUGUCCUGCUUUUCAGGAGGCGGAGAACAGAGUGAGACAGAGACAGUUGGAGAUAGCGAGGGAACGACGGAACAGAAAGUUUUCGAAGAUCAGGGGGGUUUCUCGUCCAUACAUGCAGCUCGACGCGGAGUCAGAGAACUCCGUGGCAGAGGAGGAGAUUGAAGAAACAAGGGAUGAGGCAGAGAUGAGCGUAAGCACCUCGGUCAUGGAGAGCCUCCCGGAUAUCACGCGCUACACCAUGUCCCCCUCACUUCUCCAUUCCAUCAUGGAGAAAAUGGAGUCGAGUGCAAAAAUGUUACCCAAACUGUUAGCUGAUGGCUCAGUGUGGGUUGGAGACGGAGCCAAGAAGGUGAAAAACAGUGACAUGUGGGGGAAGGUCGGCAGCGGGGCCCAAAACGCCCAAAAGAUGGUGGCUGCUAGUCCUGUGUGGGGCAAGGUGGGAGUUACUGCAGGACACGUCUCCAAAGCCGUACGAGAAAGGGUUCCUCAGCCGGUGGUGGAUGGUUCUGCUUGGGUGGGAUCUGGCGCCAAAGCAGUGGCAGCGAGUCCCAUGUGGGAGAAAGUCGGUUCCGGGGCCAAAGUGAUGGCGGACGGAGCCAAGAAUCUGGCUCAGAGUCCCGUGUGGGAGAAAGUAGGUGCCGGCGCCAAAACUGGCGCUAAACUGGUGGCAGACGGUUCCGCCAGAGCCGGAGCUGGGAUUGGCGCCGGCGCGAAAAGGGUGGCGCAAAGUCCCGUGUGGGGGAAGGUGGGCUCGGGGGCGAGAGCCGGGGCCAAAGCGGUGUCGGAGAGUCCAGCGUGGGAGAAAAUCGUGACUGCUGCCAAACGGGUGCCUAUAGUGGUCAUUGCCGCGGCGCUGCUGGGUCUGGUGCUGGGUCUGCUUUUGGGGGGGGUGAUCGGUGGGGCUGUCGGGGCGGCUGCGGGAUCUGCAGUUACUGAGGUGGGCAGACGGAAAUUCAGCAAGAAAAGCUUAUCGGACCAGACGUCUGAAGCUGAAGCUGCACAAAAUGUCGAUGGGUCGGCGAGCGGCAGCGUUGACGCGGCGAUAAAAGGAGGAGGGAAAAGCUUGAAAACUGAAUGAAUGACUGAAGAGUGUAAAAUGUUCAACAAAUGGAAGAAAAACAACCAAAAAAACACGUCAAAUAUCUUGUACAACACCAUCAGAAUAUGUAACGUUUGAGACACUUAUCUACCAACAGAAGUUGCUUUGAGUAUUGAAUAUUUUUGACUUGAAUUAUCAUAUGAGGUUAAUUCAUGACUGAGAGUAAUUGCAUCAUUACAGAAACACGGGCCCAAGCAGCGCACUAAAACUCUGGCUUUUAUUAGCUUGUUUGGCUCCUAAGCAGGGAUGACAUGGCAGUUAUCCGUGCCAAUCACUGACAAUCAAAAACUGAUGGAUGAUUGUUGUUCCCUCUUAAAAGGGGUUCAGGGGCCACGGCCAGGAGCAGAAGAUGGUUCUGGAUCCGGGCCAGUGAAAGAGCGGUCUGGUUUCCCACAAGACCCAAAGCCAAUGACUAAUCUGCAGACACCAUGUGUAUAUAAAUGCAAAACUCUGAUCUUGUCUUUAAAAAGAAAAAAAAUCCUUGUGAAUACACAGAAAACGUGAAGAUUCCUACACAGUUGGUCUUCUCUGUAAAAUGCUAAUCUUUUGACCUCAAGUAGCAACGCCUGGCAUUCAACAAAUGUCUUAAUAUAAUCAGCCUGGUCCAAGCCAAGAGUAAUCACUUCCAGCCACCGUCUCAGAGGAACCAUCUCUCGUCUUGUACAAUAUGUUUAAAGCUGGUUUAAGUUGGAUUCAUUCUUACUUAGUUGUCGUAAAGGAGCCUUAUUGAGCCCAAUUUUACUCUGGAAACCCAAGGAAACUAACAUCACCACCAAGCUGUCUGACAGGAGCAAAUAAGGCGUGAAAAAGCACAAAGAAUCCAAACUGGGAAGUUCAUUCAGAUGUAUUGUAAGCUAAUAUUGUUCACAAUUAUUAUUUAAAUAGUGUGUAAACCAGAAUUUACUAUUUACUUUUCUGGUCACUAUGAAUGAAAAUGUAUUUCCAUAUCUGAAAACAAUAAACUGAUUUGUUGAAGCAAAUUGAGAAUGCUUAUCUUGAGUACUUUUGUCAAGUGAUGUCCAGUUUUAUGAAAAAAUCCUACGUUUCCAAUUAAUUUCAGCAAAACGUGUAACCAAUUAUUAAUCGGUUCUUGAUUAAUGUUCGUAAUGUAAGCAGUAAAUGGAGGUAAAGGGUGUUCUGUGAGCGCUUCUGUGGCUCCACCUGUUCUCUUAAUAUUGUUAUAAUGCAUCACUAUUAAAAGGCAUUACUCAACAAAUGAAUACAAAUUUUGUAACAUUAUAAAAAGGAGUGAAAAGUGUGGCAAUAACGGGCAGUUUUAUGAAGCGUUCCAUAUUUUCACCCGCUGCACUGACUUUGCCUUUGUGUUUGCGCAACAAUUGAAAGAGCAGCGUCUUCUUCAACGAGCUGGAGUUGCUUAAUGACCACAACCGAAAAGCGCCUCUAGCAUGGGAUGUGCAGAUUAGUCUCUACUUGCCCUGUAAAAAACUGAUGGAGCAGGACAGUAUGUUUCUGGUUUUGGUGGGGACGGGGCGGAGCUAACCACACUAUCUCAGAGACCCAGGUUGAACAUCAUGACCCUACUUGGACCCCUGUGUCACUAGAAGAAAGGUCAUCACCCCAGAUUUCGCAAUCAAUGUUUUGUUGCUUUAUUUUAUUAAACUGCAACGUGUAUCACUGGAAGAUAGACAAACUGAAAUUAAAAAAAGAGAAACUGAAUUUUAAUGUGUGCUUAGUUCCUUAUUUAUGCAGAAUAUGCACAGGAUCAGAGUACCUAGAUGAUGCAACUAAUGUUGUCAAUGUUGUCACACACCA